AGUCUGUGGAAGAGACGGCAGCGAGAGCGACCUGAGCUGCUAGUUCAGCUCCUGGUGUCUCACUCUUGCCGCAGGCUCGCAUGGAAAUCUAAAAACCAUAAGUUGCCGUCAAACCUUCUGAAGCUCAAUCCGCUACCAUCAAAAUGUCUGUCACUAGCCACGAGAACCGGAAGUCCCGUUCCAGCACCGGCUCAAUGAAUAUUCACCUCUUCCACAAGCCUGGCCAUGCUGACAGCCUGCUGACACAACUUAACCUGCUGCGCAAGCGGUGUCUAUUCACAGAUGUGGUGCUGCUAGCUGGAAACCGAGCUUUUCCUUGUCACAGAGCUGUGCUUGCCUCCAGUAGCCGUUAUUUUGAGGCAAUGUUCAGUGGUGGGCUAAAAGAGAGCCAGGAUGGAGAAGUCAAUUUCCAAGAUGCUCUCCACCCUGAAGUCUUGGAGCUGCUUCUUGAUUAUGCAUACUCUGCCAGGAUUAUAUUCAAUGAGGAAAAUGCUGAGUCCCUGCUGGAGGCUGGAGAUAUGCUACAGUUUCAUGACAUUCGGGAUGCAGCAGCAGAGUUCUUGGAGAAGAACCUUCACCCAGCCAACUGCUUAAACAUGAUGAUAAUAUCAGAUGCACAUUGCUGUGAAAGGCUGCUGGAGCUGUCCUGGCGAAUGUGCCUCGCUAACUUUGUAGAGUUAUCAAAAACAGAGGACUUUCUCAGACUGCCCAAAAUAAAACUAAUGGAAUUGGUCCUUAGUGAAGAGCUUGAGGUUGAAGAUGAGAGUCUGGUGUAUGAGGCCGUAAUGGGUUGGAUUAAAUACGAUCUAUGUAUUCGCCUUGAUGACCUCCCGGACCUUCUGCGCUGUGUACGCCUGGCACUCUUGCCUGAGCAGUACUUACGAAUUCUAGUUAAAAAUGAGUUUGUGAUUCAAAACAAGUUGGCAAAGGAAAUCGUUGAAGAGGCAAUUCGAUGCCGAACAAAGAUUCUCCAGAAUGAUGGAGUGGUGACUGGCUUUUGUGCCCGGCCUCGGAAAGUUAGUCAAGCCCUUCUUCUUUUAGGGGGACAAACCUUCAUGUGCGACAAGAUCUAUGUCCUGGACCAAAAGACCACUGAAAUAAUCCCCAAAACUGACAUCCCCAGCCCGCGCAAAGAAUGCAGCGCAUGUGCAAUUGGCUGCAAGGUUUAUGUUACUGGUGGUAAGGGUGCAGAGAAUGGAGCAUCUAAAGAUGUCUGGAUCUAUGAUACACUUCAUGAUGAAUGGUCUAAGGCAGGACCCAUGUUGGUGGCCAGGUUUGGCCAUGGGUCAGCAGAACUAGAUAACUGCUUAUAUGUGGUUGGAGGACAUACAGCCAUGACAGGGGCUUUCCCAGCCUCUCCCUCUGUCUCUUUGAAACAAGUUGAACAUUAUGAUCCUCAAGUUGACAAAUGGACACUUGUGGCUCCACUCCGAGAAGGUGUGAGCAAUGCUGCAGUGGUGGGAGCAAAGAUGAAACUAUUUGUGUUUGGUGGCACCAGUGUUAACCGUGAAAAACUUCCCAAAGUCCAGUGCUUUGACCCUCUUGAAAACAGAUGGACAGUGCCUGCCACCUGCCCUCAGGCUUGGCGUUACACUGGGGCUGCAGUAUUGGGGAAUCAUGUCAUUGUAGUAGGAGGGGAUACAGAGUUUUCUGCCAGUUCUGCAUAUCGAUUCAACAGUGAGACUUAUCAGUGGUGCAGGUUUGGAGAUGUUUCGUCCAAGAGGAUUAGCUGCCGUGCAGUGGCCUCCGGAAACAGACUGUAUGUGGUGGGUGGCUAUUGUGGUACUCAACGUUGCAAGACCCUAGACUGCUAUGACCCUUCAGGUGAUACUUGGAGCAGCGUGACAACUGUCCCUUACUCCCUGAUCCCAACAGCUUUUGUAAGCACAUGGAAGUAUCUUUCAGCAUAAGAUGAGCAAAAGGUUCUCAUGGAAGAUUGCUGGAAAUCCAUGGAUGUUGCCGGCUGUACAGUGGGAAGCUCAAUAUUUCUUUGCACUGGAGUUCAGAUGGAGCUUGACAAAGGCAGGAGUCCAGAAAAUGACUUUACUCUGCGUAAAGGAUUUUGCUGCACAGCAAUUGAUUUGUCGCUGCACUGAUCAUUAACUCUGUGAAUGUGUUAAAUUUGAUGGACAUUCACUAGGCACAACUUGGUCAUUUUAUAUUAAAAUGCCAUUUUUGUUUUUUACGUUCGAUUUCCCGAUUUCAUGGAUUGCAACACAACCCACUUUGCAGAUGGGUUCCUACACAAGGCAUGUGGAGUGUGGAGGAAAAAAUUAUUUUUAAGGGGGAAGGGUGUGAGUUAUAUCAGCUGUGUGCAUCACAUUCUCCCCCAUCCAUAAUGUCUGUAUUUCCUCAUAGAACUUGCCAGGAUUAGUUUUGGCAUCUUUUUAAAAGACCUGUAGAUGGUAUUAAAGGGAUGUCUCUCCCCGAAAUAGUUAUUAUUAUACUGUAAAAUCUCAUGUAUAAUACUCAUGAUUUUUCAUUAUUUGAGGACACUCACAAGGGAAGGUGUGCAUUAUACAUACCUACAAGUUAAUCUGUAUUGUAUGUACAUUUUUACAACGGUCUAAUGUAUUUACAGCCAGUAUAUCUUGCCAUUCUCCCAGUCCUGUAUCUGCACAAGCAGGCAAGCAACCACAAAGAAAGCACAAGAGGACUGACUAGCUGAUAGGGGCACCUAGUGUGAUGUCCAGGGAAAGCUGUAAAUUGUGUGUGCGUCAUGGCUACUAAAUUGGCGGUUUAUCAUACGCAUAAUUAUUUAAUAUCAAGUUUAAUGACACAUCAAAAUAA